GGGUUUUCAUCAGUACAGCAAUUUUCAUUGGCUACACAUUCUUUACUUAUAAUUGCGUCUUCCUCAUCAUAUUUUUAGAAUUAGGUUUGAAGGAUUCAUGCAAACAAUUCAGAUACAGUAAAAGGUUGGUUUUACACACGCUGGUAUAAUAACUUAGUUUACUCCAGCACAUGACUGGCGCCUACUUGCGAGCUGUAGCUACUAAAUGUUUUUAAAGGCACAGUUCAGCCUUUUGAAUGAUGGUUUUUUAAGGCGCAUUUCAGCCCUCUUAAUUACAAACUAUAACUAGGAAAAUCAAUUAAGCAUAAUUCAAGAUCAGCAAACUUAGCUAAUGUUUUUAAAUUAAAAAUGCUUUAUUUAAUUGAUUUUCCUAGUUAGUUUUUUCAAUUAAAAGGGCUGAAAUGCGCCUUAAAAACCAUCAUUGGAUAUUAUUUCCUCUUUAUAUUUAAAUUAUAUGCAACUCAUGAUAGAAAGGCUAGUAUAAUAAUUGUACCGUAUAUAUUCCCCUAUAAUAUAUAUAUAUAUAUAUAUAUAUAUAUUCCCCUAUAAUAUAUAUAUAUAUAUAUAUAUAUAUAUAUAUAUAUAUAUAUAUAUAUAUAUAUAUAUAUAUAUAUAUAUAUAUAUAUAAUUUAAUUUCUUAACUUAAAAUAUAGUCACAACUCUGAGUUUCACGCUCAAUGCGAUCUUCAGGCGACAAUGUUUAAAUUUGAAAUUUAAAAAAUUGUCGCCUGAAGAUCGCAUUGAGCGUGAAACUCAGAGUUGUGACUAUAUUUUAAGUUAAGAAAUUAAAUUAUUUGCUCUACGUUAUUAAAUGGUAUUGAGCACUCUUUCUACAAUGUAAAAUUUGAUCAUCUUUGGUCUCAUUAAUAUUAUAUAUAUAUAUAUAUAUAUAUAUAUAUAUAUAUAUAUAUAUAUAUAUAUAUAUAUAUAUAUAUAUAUAUAUAUAUAUAUAUAUAUAUAUAUAUAUUUAUAUAUACAUACAAAGAAUAAUAAAUAUUCCAAACAAAGCUUGUAAAAUUUUGGGUAUAUAGAAUAUGCUUUAAUUUGUUUAUUUAUAUCAUUUAUAGAUCUAGAGCGAAGGGUUUGUCGAAAUGUUACGCGGAAUGACGAUGGUAAUGUUUCGCCGAAUUCCCGGGUCUAGACAUAUAUAAAUGAUAUAUUUUAACGAAAGUUAAAGAACCCACUAAUAUGAGAAUAAACAUGCUGAAUAAUCAUUGAAGGUAACAAGCCUCUUAAUAUUUCCCCGAAAAUCUUUAGUUAAAGCACUUAAAUUUGAAUAUGCAUAGUAUAAUAUAUGUAUAUACCCUUUUUUGUAUCAUAUAAUAUUUAUAUAUUAAUAAAAGUAUUUUUUACAGCAAUACAGGAAAUGGCGUUUACCUUAUAAGAACUGGCGUCAAUGAACACACUAAAACCUACUGUCAAAUGUCGUCACUUCCAGGUUGCUCAGGUGGAGGAUGGACAUUGGUAAUGAAAAUUGACGGCAAGAAGGUAGCAUGAAACAAAAGUGUAGUUGAAAGUAUAUUGUUUUCGAUAACAGGCUGCAUGAUAUAAGAUAUAUUUUGCACUUUAAAAUGGCGAGAGCUUACGUCCAAAAUAUUUGAUCGGUUAUAAUUAUAGAAACGAUUUUGUUGGCACCUCAUUCGAUUGAAUAAUAGUUAAAGGGUCUUAUAGAUGGAUAUUAUCGAGUUAAAAUUUAUAUAGCUACAUUUAUUACAGCUAAACCAUGCAUGCAGGAACAGUUGCAAAAAAUGCAACUAUUAUCAUUGCAACUAUUAUCUGGAGCGAGGGGGAUUUGGCGAAAUAUUACCCGAAGUGAGGGUAAUAUUUCGCCGAAUCCCCCGAGCGGAGGGUUUAUAAAUGAUAUAUUAUACCGAAAAUUUAAAAGCCUCCAAGUUGAGAAUUAAAAACUCGACACAUACCUUCUUGAAUACGAUGUUUUAUUUUCGGAUUAACGCAAGUAUCGUCGCUUUCCUUUCGAAUUAUAUAUCGUUUGGAAUACUAAUGACAAAUUUUUCAAAAUUUGCUUCAAAAUUUUGAAAAAGCCCCAGGUUUUACGUUUGAAGUUGAAUUAUUCAUCACUCAUUAAUUAUCACUUAUUUACUGAGACCGAGGGAAACAGUGUGUUUUGUGGACCCGAGACCGUCGAUGUUUCCCGAGGCGAAGCCGAACGAAACAUCGACGGUCGAGGGUCCACAAAACACACUGCUUUCCCGAGGUCUCAGUAAAUAAGUGUUUUAUUAUAUAUCAAUAGUCAAAGAAACAACAAUUAAAGAACAAAUGAACGUAAAUACAUGAAAUAUUUUAUUGUUAAAACGUUAUAUUAAACACUGGCUACACUGCAGUUACUUAAAGCGAAAGUUUUAAUUAUACGUACUAGGCAUGUCCAAAGGUCGCAUCUUCACGUGAUGGCGCACGUGAUUUUUUUUGUUAUUCGCCGGUCGAUAACGUAUUAUCUCCCUCUCGCGCUGUUCCGAGGGAGACAGCCUAAUUUCGUCACUCUCACGUGAUAUGCUCCCAACCAAUAAAACACUAGAAAAAUGCGACUUUGACUAUUGAUAUAUAAUAAUACUAUUUAUGUUUUGUCGGCCAUCUUGUUGUCAUGCGUGUUGUCCCGCGUGGUCUACGCGAAUAAUGUUCCACCCCAUGUUCCCCGGGCUACAUUUGUUAGACCUAACCACGAACAGAUACGGACUCUGCAGCUCAGUUGGUUAGAGCACUGCACCGGAAUCGCAAGACCGCAGGUUCGAUUCGUGCCAGGGACCUAAAGCUGCAUUUUUCGCAGCUGUUCCUGCAUGGUUGGGUCUAAUAAAUGUACGUAUAUAAAUUUCCACUCGAUAAUUCCCAUCUACAAGACCUUAGAAAACUUAUAGAACCGCUUUGAAAUACAGGUUACAUUGUAUGGCAAGCUCAACACCGUAGAAUUCGUAUUUCUUCGUAAUGGAUACGGCCAAGCCAUUUCGAUUUACAAUUUCAGGGUAGAAUUUUAUGCAAAAACUCGCAUGCAGUAGCGCCUUUAGCGAGGCCAUGUUAAAUGAUUAUUAAUUGUAUAGUCUUUUUAAUUAUUUUCUCCGUUUUUCUCGUAAAUGUCAUCAUCAACCAAUCUCAAAGUCUGUUCAUAUAGGUAAGUGGCUCCCCUAUACAAUUGCCGCGGUAGUCGGCAUGUCCGGCGAAUUCAUGCAGUUCAAUUCAGAAUUAUUUAAAUUAAAGACCUAUUCGUGAUAUCAUGAAUUAACUAGGUUAAGUUAUAUUUUCUAUAUUGUUGACAAUAUAAAUGGUUAAAUUCUUAUUUGCAUGUUUAUACAUUUAUACAGGCAACAUUUCGAUAUUCUUCUUCCUUAUGGAGCAACAAACAAAGUUACAAUCCUUCUGGAGGACAGAGUGGCUUCGACAACGUGGAAACAAAAUUACCAAUAUAUUGGAGGGCUUCAUUUAAAGAAAUAUGUAUUGGAAUGAAAGUUGGUAGCGCUCUUCGUUUUAUCUCUUUGAAAUAUCCUGCUAAUUCGCUAUACAGUUUGUUUGCAGAUGGCAAAUAUCGUGCAACAAAUCUUGGCCGCCAAAAAUGGAAAUCGCUUAUUCCGUCUGCGAUAUCAUCACUGCAACUAAAAUGCAACCACGAAGGCUUCAAUGGAUAUGCUGAAAACGUCAAAGCUCGCAUAGGUAUUAUUGGCAAUGAAGGAACUGAUUCAUGUGUUUCUUCGGACUCAUACAUUGGUGUGGGAACCACAAAUACUAAUAACAACCGUUUAUGCGAUUUCCAUUUCUCGCUUAAUUCAGCUGGCAAUGUUGCAGGUUGCAAGGCCGACAAUGGUAAUAGGGAUACAAAGGCAAUGGGAUAUAUAUUGGUCCGAUGAACAAUCAUUGGAAGUGGCUCUUCUUAAGGAACUGCCAUUGUUAAAAUUGUUUAAAAAUUGGGUAUGUUAGAACGAUGCAUGAAAAUUGUAUUAUUUUUCUCUCAUGCAUACGUAGAAGUAGAUUUUAUACCCAAAAUAAAAUCGUCCAGUUUCAUAAUUCAUAACACAGUCUAUAAAUUUGUUUCGUUUUCUGUGAUUUCCAUUUCUCACUGUGAUUUCUAGAAUUAUUAGGGUAGCAGAAGUCAAAUCUGAACCUCUCUAAUUUUUGCUUUUGCAUGUGUUUAACUUCAAGCGAGAUCGGUAUUGCAUUUAAUUUAAUAUAGUAUAACCAAUUACAAUGGCAAUGCGCGACCUUUCAGACUUCAAAAGUUAUUAAAAUACUCAUUAAUAAUUCAUAAACCUUGUGGCAAAUCAUGUCAGCCAUAAUAUGUCACGUGGACUGACUUUAUAUCUGAUAAAGCAUGCGGCAUUAUAUAAUUGUCCAUCCUAAUUAGUAUGAUUAUGUAAUGGUUCAUCCUAAUUAAUAUUCUUUUGUAGUCGU